CAGAUCCGGAUACCAGUGGAGGCUGCUGCGCAGCGUGUACUAAAUCUCACUGAGGCCUUGAGGAGGUGAGUAAUAAUGAUGGCGACGGCGGGGCCUCCGAGCAGCUCCGGCUUCCUCCCCCUGCUUGAGUCUCUGGAGGACAGCACUGCCGGACAGUCUGAGCAGACGGACGCCUACCUCACCAUCGCCAAUCGACUCAGUGGAGAGGAUGGCCGGCAGUUUCUCCCUGCAGUUGAAAAGCACUUUUCUCGUCUGGGUAAAGCCACCUUGGCUCACAUAACCAGUCCGAAUGCAGAGCUGAGCCAAGCUGCCCUGCAAGCUUUAGGGUUUUGUGUCUACCAUUCCCACGUCGUCUCUGCAGUGCCUGAAACCUUCGCAGCAGAAAUACUAUCAGCACUUUGCUCCCUGGUGGUGAAGUCGACAGAUAAGAACACAUGCACCAGAGCAUUAUGGGUCAUCUCCAAACAGAGCUUCCCUCCAGAUGUGGUUAGCAAAAAAGUGUCGUCUGUACUGGGAACGCUGGAGUGUGUGUGGAGUAGAGAGGACAUCCAGUCUGUGGUAAUGGAGCAUGAGGCCUUGAAUGUUGUCAUCAGGCUGCUGGAGCAAGCGCCGGUCCAGAUGGGUGACGGAGCAGUACGGUGGGCGAAGCUCGUCAUCCCACUGGUGGUCCACUCGGCUUCCAAGGUGCGCCUGCGGGCCGCAGCAGCCAUGGAGAUGGGCAUGCCUCUUCUCCUGGAAAAACAGACGGAGGUGGCUGCAGUCAUCGAACCGAUGAUGUCCUCAAAACUGGUUCCAGAGCUCCAGAAGCUUUUCAUGUCUAAGAAUGAAACCAAUGUCCUAAAGCUGUGGCCCUUAUUUGUGAAACUGCUCGGGAAGUUGCUGCACAGAGGAGGUCCCUUCAUCAACUCUCUGCUGCAUCUGGAGGAGCUUGGGUUCCGCAGCUCCUCUCCGACCAUCAAGAAGAUUGCCUUCAUUGCCUGGAAGAGCCUCAUAGACAACUUCGCCCUCAAUCCAGACAUCCUGUGCAGUAGCAAACGUAUGAAGCUCUUGAUGCAGCCCCUUGCGUCCAUCCAUGUCAGGACAGAGGCCCUGCUGCUCACCAAGGUGGAGGUCUGGUGGUACCUGGUGGUCCAACUCGGGCCCAAUCUGUCACCCAAUUUUGAUCAGGUUUCUGUUCCUCUACUCCAGUGCACCAUUGGAUCCGACUCCUCCUCAGUCCCAGGCACCCCUUCUAGAGCUGUGGGUCAAAAUGGUGCCGUUACACCAGGAACACCCAAGACGGCCACUCCAGGCUUCAACAGCCCAGCCAAUACGUCUCGGAUGAGCCUGAACUCCAGCGUCCACGUCCCCACCACCUUCCCCUCCAUCCAGCUGCUGGGCCUCGAGAUGUUGCUUCACUAUUUUCUGGGACCAGAGGUUAUUGCAGCGGCAGCAAAGAACAAACUCAUCCUGAGUCUUGAGCCCUUGAACCACCCACUCCUGUCCGGUGCUUCCUCUUUCACUAAACAUGCUGCCGUGCUCACCUCCAACAUCAGAGAUGGAUUCCUUAACGUUGGCAAAGAUGCUCCAGAUUCUCUUGUGGCUGUCAUUUGGACCAGUCUUGUCCGGUUUGUCAACUUAACCGUAGAGUCUGUAGGCAGUAAGAAGGAUCGUCAGGGCUGUGAAGUACUGACGCUGAUGCUUCAGGCUCUGCAGAGCAUCGUCACCUCAGAGGCUCUGCCUGCAGACAAAGUCCUGAUUCUGUUUGAGGCCACAGCGAAAGGUAUUCCCCCGAGGGUUCUUGGCUCUGCCUCCUAUCAAGUGGGCAAGAUGGAUGUGCUGAAUGGAACACCGGCUCUGUUCCUCAUUCUCCUGCUCUACAACAGCAGCCUGCUCUCAGCCUACAUAGAGGACGAGAGGUUUUUCCAGUGCCUUCAGACACUGGUGGGCUGCAGUUUGUGUGGCCCCACUUCUCCUCUGGCGUUCGGGGAGGCGGUGCUGGGGGCCAUCGGGCGCAGCGCUGGCUCUCUGCAGAACAAGGAGCAGCUGUGGAGGAUGUGGAGUGUGAUGGUCAGCCCGCUUACUGACACCAUCACACAGUCUAAUGAAGUCAACCAAGGUGACGCUCUGGAGCACAACUUCAGUGCCAUGCACUCGGCCUUGUUGUUCCCCAUUACACACCUGCUACGUGGCACACCACUACAGCAGGCGGCCCAGAAGUCAAUGCUGUCUACGUGGUCCAAGCUGUACAAAGUGUUCGCCCGCUGCUCUGCACUUGUGGUCACAGCUGAGGAGAACAUCUGCUGUGAGGAGCUCUGUGCAAAGAUGAUGGCUGCAAUAGACAAAGACGCCCUAAUGGUUCCUUCAGCAUUAAAUGCGGUCGCCAGUAUCCUCCAAGUCAUGGUGGAAUGUGUGGACUUCUCGCCGUACACUCCUCAGUUUCAGCAAAAGCUGAAGUCUCCUCACACUCCAGUAAACUGGAUGAAGAAGAGGAAUAAAGUCCUGGGGAAUUUAUCCACCUUCCAGUCCCUGCUGGUACAGUGUCUAGAGGUUUAUCUGGAGGGACCCGAGGCUUCUUCUGAAGCCACAGGAUUGGCCCUGGUCUCCAUCCUGUCUGCUCUCUUCACCAACCUUGCUCUCGCAAACACCGUGAAGGAAGCCCUGACAUCUCUGAUUCAACCUCUCACCCUCUUCUAUAAGCAGGCAGCCAAUGAGCUGCCCAAAUUCACCUCUCAGCUUCUUGGAAAACUGGAGAAGCUUGUCAGCGAUGUUCUGGGCUGCCUGCAGACCCGCUCUGCAUUGGCGUACAAUGAUGAGCUCCUGACGCUGCUGUCUCCUCUACUUUGUGUGUUGUUUCCUCACAAAAACAAGCAGCUCCGCACGUCAGUCGUCCAGUUCUGGAACUCCACCUUUGCCAACUCAAUCAGCCUCACUUACCCCGACGAGAUUAGACCAAUAUUGAGCCAAGUGAAGCAGAAGACCCCAAUCAUUCUUCCUGGCUUUGAGGUUGUCAGUGUUCCUGAUGAGCUCAGUGGACAGUAUUCAAGUGAGAGUUCCCAGUUGGAGACCAAGCUCAGUGGGAUGCCGGUUUCAUCUGUGGGAAAAAGGGACUCGCUGCUGGGAAGGACUGCUGAGAUUAAGGACAGGAGCGCCAUCAAGACCUCCAUGAAGAUGUCAAAACCAGUUUCUACAAAGUUGGACUUUGGCUCUCCCAAGCCUCCUCGCAGAGAGGUUUUGGAGGAAGAGGCCUCCAUCGACUUUGUUUUUAUUCCUCCUGAGGCGAAGGAGAGAGUUCUGACAGAGCACCAGAAGGAGGUGAAAAGGACUAAAAGGGUGGACAUCCCAGCUAUGUACAACAACCUUGAUGCUUCUCUGGAUACAACAGUUUUCACCCAGUACACACAGAGCCAAGAAGACUCUUUGGACAAACUGCCAACUGAACAAGCUGACAAGGUUACCAAAGAGGUUCCUGGCAAGGUUCCUCAGGAAGAUGUUGACGAUGAGGAAGACACUGAAGUUCUAACAAAAGAGACUCAAGACUAUGCCAGCCCAAAAGCAGAAGAGAACCUGACCGAAAACCCAGAGCAAGAGGAGAUGAUCCCUGAGUCUGCAGAUGUUUCUAUGGAGGAUGAUGCCAAGAGUGAUGACAAAGUGGCAGACAUGGACGUGCAGCCUAAAGAAGGCACAAGUCCUAACCUCUCUGGCUCUUCAGAUUUGGUCUCUGGGACUCCCCAGAAACCCAACAGUCGCCGUCAGUCCUUUAUCACUCUGGAGAAGUAUUCUGAGGGAAAGCCUGCCAGCCCCAGCAGUGCAUCCUCAUUCACAGGUCCCCUCAUAAAGACCUCCAAUAGCCAAGAACGCUCAAACACCAACAAGACCUCUUCCUCUCACGGGUCCCGGACAUCUACUGGUCCAAACUCACAGGAUUCUCGGUCCUCAGAAAAAGGGAACUCGGAGUGUCCCAUGAAUGAUGCCCCUGAGUCCCCUCUAAGGCCAAAAGACUCUGGGAUGAAAUGUGGGCCAGUAAGGCUGACUGAGAGAAUGCCCAGUGACACAACAGAGGAUGAAGAUGUUAUUCCAGACACCCAGACUGAAGUGGAGGGAAAGGAGAGUACAAAAACGGCCUCCACACCGGAGGAACCAUCAAGCCAGGAAGAGGAAUCUGAACACACUCUGGAUGAUUCUCAAUCCUCCCAGACUUCUCUAAGCGAACCCAGACGUUCUGGACGCUCGAGAGUCAGACCUCUGCUGCCUGGAGAGGACCCUGAGGAACGGGAAGAGAAAUACGUGCUGCUCAAAAGGAGGCGUUCUGGAGAGGAACCUAAAGGUGAUUCUCCAAAGUCAAAUUCAAUGCAAAGCAAACCAAACACGAGAAGUAAGCAGGCUGCUGAGGAAGACAGUGGCAGAUUGCGAACAAGGGCUCAGAGGGACAAGAGUGAGUCAAGCCAAACCAAUUCUCAGGGUAGAGCUCACAAGAAGAUCAAACUGUACAGCAAUUCAGAAGAGUUUCUUGAUAAACCUAAACCCAGAAGAAGAAGCACCAGAGAGUCCAGCCAAACUGACUUGCGGUCAGGCACACAAUCUGAUUGUGAAAGCCAGUCGCAGGGUAGACCCAGUCGGUUGAGCAAAUCAUCAUUGGAGACCAAGGAGGAAGGUGGAAUAAAGAAAAGGCUUUUGUCUGACAAAGAGUCCAGCCAAACUGCCACACAGGAGCUUGAGCUUGUUGAACAGGCUGGAAAGGCUGAUAAGCCAAAGAGAGAGUCUCAAAUUAUUACUCCUUUCUCUCAGACUGGUGGAAAAUCCCAAGAGCUUGAGCUUGCAGAACAGACUGAAAAAGAUGACUCAAAUAAAGAUUCUCAAAUUGUCACUCCUUCCUCUCAAACUGGUGGGAAAUCCCAAGAUUUUGAACUUGUAGAAAAGACUGAAAAGGAGGAUGAUGAUAAGCCAAAAAAAGAUUCUCAAAUGGUCACUGCUUCUCCUCAGAUUGGCGACCAAUCCCAAGAGUCUGAGCUUAUUGAAACGACCAAAAAGGAAAAAGAUUCUCAGAUAGUUGCUUCUUCAACUAAUGAGUCCCAAGAUGGAAAAAGCCCAACAAACAAGUUGGUUAAUGAAGCGGAGGUCAAAAACAAACACAAGUCAAAAGAGAGUACAGAUGAGAACCUUAGUCAAGAGGACUCUCAAGUGAUCACACCCUCAUCUUCUGAUAGCCAGUCUCGGCGUAGAUCCAGAAGAAGCAAGGCAUCAUCUGAGACUGAAGAUAAAAGCGAAAAUAAGGAUUCAUUAGGAAGGCAGAGUAGGUCAAAUUCCCAGACAACAUUGUCAGCUGCCGGUCAUCCAGAAACAACAAUUGGAGGUAGGACCAGAAGGAGCAAAGUACAAGAGGAGCAGUCAAAGUCAAGUCCUUUCUCAACUCCAGAGAGUUCUCAGUCAUUAGAUCUUGCUGGAUCAACAGAGUCCUCCCAAGGCAGGGGCAGAUAUUCAAGACGAAGAUCUUCUCAAGCAUUAGUAGCCAAUGUAGAAUCCUCUGAGUCUGAAUCCUCAGAAGCCAGAGAAAAUUCUCCUAUGCCCAAAAAGCGGGGGAGAAAACCUCGAGCAUCUCUUCAAAGUCCUCUCACCAUCAAGUCUAAAGAAGACAAAAUUAGUAAUGAAAUGUUUAAGAAUGAUAGUGCUUCUUCUCAAAAGGCAGAGACACAAAGCAUAGACACUAAAAAUUCUACAGAUUUAGAAGAUUUAAAGAAAAGCCAAGUUUUGGAGAGUUCUGAGUCACUCCACGAGAUCUGUGACAUUGAGGAGCAAAGUAACAAAGAAUCCCCAACUGAGGUAGAGGCUGAUGCUGUGGAAGAGAAAACUGACACUGAAAACUCAAAGGACAAUAAUUCACUCAGUGUGUCACCUUGCAAAGAGAAGCAAAGCCAAAAGGACUCUAAAACAAACUCCUCUUUAGAAGAAAGUGACACUGGGGACUUGCAAUCUGCUGAAAUGCUUGAAUCAGUUGGGAUCAGUACUGAACAGAAUCAAGAGGACUGUGACCCAUCAGUGUUACCUUCUGUGGACAAGCUGUCGCCUUCUAAUGAGACAACAGAGAAACUGCAAGCCUCAGAGUCUUCAGAGGAGAAAGCAGAAGUGUCUGAGCCUGGCAACGGAGUUAUAGAAAAACAAAAUAAUGAUUCAGAUUCAAACCACCAGGAACAUCCAGUUGUUCCUGUAGAGGACAUGGCUGUAGACAGUCAAAGCACUGCUUUUGGACACAACCAGAUGGAGUGUCCAAAUAUCAUAGAUGAACUUUCAAAGGAGGAGGAGGAGGAGGAGGAGGAGGAGGAACGGUCUGCCUCCAUUAGAGAAGAUGAAUCGCCCAACCAGCACACAGAGGCCAGUGCUGGGGACGACAUCCCGCCUCUACAAGAGAGCGAUAAAGACUACAAAACCCAGAUCAUGGAGUGUCAGGAAGAAGAGGAAACUCAGACCACCAAUGCUGAGAACAAUGUCGCAAAUUUGGUUGCUGCGCUGCCUGUUGAUGAUGCUUCUGUGUUAUCAGAAUCGACAAGCAAAGACAUUUUCCAGGGUUCUCCAGCGAAGCAGAAGGACCUGGAGGCUGUAAUGGGGCUAGAUGUUGGCCAAAGUCCCAGUAGUGGCAGGACCAGAGGAACCUGGUCUCCUUCAGCCUCUCCAUCAACCAGUAUUCUUAAGAAGGGCCAGAAGAGACCACUAGAGGAUGAGACUCCCUCACCUCUUGUCAAAUCCAGGCGUGUAUCUUUUGCCAAUCCAAUCCAACGGCAGGAAACCGCAGACGACAUUGAUCGUCGGAGCCCUGCCAUCAGAACCAGCUCCCCCAGAAGAUCCAAAACUAGCAGUAUCCCACAGCCAAAGUAUGUUACUACUCCAACGAAGGGCUUGCUGAUCCUGAGUCCCAGAAAUCUGCACAGUCCAGGUUACAAGAGCUCCAAGAAAUGUCUGAUUUCUGAAAUGAGCCAAGAGCCGCGACCUGUCUCCAGAGACUGUAUCUACCCUCCCCUGGUUGGCUGCUCCACACCUGUAGAAGCCGUGCUGCCUCAGAUAUCCUCCAACAUGUGGUCUCGAGGCUUUGGGCAGCUUGUUCGAGCCAGAAACAUCAAAACAGUUGGCGACCUCAGCGCUCUCACUCCCACCGAGAUCAAGACUCUGCCAAUUCGCUCCCCGAAGGUCUCCAACGUCAAAAAGGCACUUAAAAUCUAUGAACAACAGCGUAAAGGACGAGGUGGGGAUGAGUUGAAGAGUUUCGAUGAAACCGAGAUGAUGACCUCUGAACUGGAGGAGACCAGUGCUCCUCAAAACCUGGAUGAGGAGGAUAAGACCUCAGGCGAGACACUAGCGACAGAGCUGGUGGACGAGCCCACUCCCGCGGAUGGGAUUCCGGAGCAAGGCGGUUCUGGGGAUCAGACGGCCGACGCGCCGGCAGCAGAGCAGAGACCUGAAGGACAGCUGCACCCCGAAGGGCUGCUGUCAGAGGUGGCAGUCCUGACCCGCAGGAUGACCCCAUCGGAACUCAGCUACUGCUCGCCACAGCAGCUCGUUCAGAUGCACGAUCAGUUAGGAGGCAUGAUGAGGCGCGUGGUCGUCGAGCUGCAGUCCCGCCUCUGCCAGAUGGAUGGCAAACCCUGAAGAGACCUCUGCACCACAGCUGUAAAAGGCACAUAAAAAGACUGAAUCUGCAACAGAGCAUCAAACUUUUAUCCACCCAGGCUUUGUGUAGACGUGUUAAAUCAACAGAUUUAACAAAGGAAGAUUUUAUGGUUUUAACUCUGAAUGCCUUGGCCUUGACUCACCUUGUGUGUUUAUUUAGUUUUUUUACACUUAGUGUUUUUAAUAAAUGCUAGCAGCACUUUUUGUUUUCAUUUCUAGCUUGAGCUGUCGGGUAGUUUAUACGCUUUUAUGAAAUACUCAAAGGGAAGCACAGUAACUCUUUUUAAGCUGUGUCAAAAGAAGAAAGUGAUUCUUUUUUUUAUUUUUUUUUUUUAUAGUUUUCUGGACGUGGAUGGCUUUUUUCCUGCUGUCCUCUGUAGACUUUGUAAUAAAGGACUGAUGUAAGACUACACAUGUAUGUAAAAGACAAAUAACAUUAUUCUCCUCCACAUGCCUUCCAGUUUUGUACAUACGUUUUCUCUCAUUACUUUCCUCCAUGUGCCUGUCUUUGGGCUGUUUACAACUCCUCAGUCCUUUUUGUAUAUUUUGUAGCAUUUAAACCCUUUCUGUCAUUUCACUUUUAAUGUCUUAUUGCAUUUUUAAGGUCAUGAAGCAUAUUGUAGAUUAUAGUAGACGGUCUGCACUUCGGUCUUUAUUUGUGGUUUUAAGUACUUCAAUAAAAGACAGAAAUUAUCAUUUUGU